AUGUCCUUUACCCUUAUAUUGCGCCAUGAGUCCGUUCACAGCGGUUCAGGAAAGCCAUACAAGAUCAGGAGUCCAAAGAGACGGGAUCUUGAAUCAGCCGCCGCCGAUUCUACGAAGUCAUGCUGGAACACCCCGCCCUUCCCACUGCCUCACCACGACAUCCACAAGCCGGAUAUCAUGCUUGCGACUCGGUGCACCGCCGUCAAUGCCGACCAUCAAGCCGAUUUUGAUGUUGGGGAAACUGUGGAGCAUAUCUCUCGCGACGGUAGCGGCGGACGAUUUGUCGUACUUGCCGUGGGGAUGGACAGCAAUAGCAAUAUUGUGUUCCCGAUCUUGCCCCGUGUGUAG